CACUGUCAAACAAAUUUUCGCUUUGCUUGGUGAUUUGAUGAAACUGAGUUUCAUUGUGUAUAUUUUUUAUUCGAUUUAUUACGAAAAUGCCUGCAGGUGCCUCCACCACGGACCCUUUAAGGGAAAAGGCGUUUCAAGAUUAUCGAAAAAAGUUAAUGGAACAUAAAGAAGUCGAGUCAAGACUCAAAGACAUGCGAGACCAGCUGAAGGACUUGACAAAGCAGUACGACAAAAGUGAGAAUGAUCUGAAAGCCCUACAGAGUGUUGGUCAAAUUGUUGGUGAAGUUCUGAAGCAGUUGACUGAGGAGAAGUUCAUAGUGAAGGCGACAAAUGGCCCCCGCUACGUGGUGGGGUGCCGGCGACAGCUGGACAAGGGCCGGCUGAAGGGAGGCACGCGCGUCGCCCUCGACAUGACCACGCUCACCAUCAUGAGGCACUUGCCCAGGGAGGUGGACCCCUUGGUGUACAACAUGAGUCAUGAAGACCCUGGAGACGUUACAUACUCAGCUAUAGGUGGACUACAGGAACAGAUCAGGCAGUUAAGAGAGGUGAUCGAGCUGCCGCUGCUGAACCCGGAGCUGUUCGUGCGCGUGGGCAUCACGCCGCCCAAGGGCUGCCUGCUGUACGGGCCGCCCGGCACCGGCAAGACGCUGCUGGCGCGCGCCGUCGCCUCGCAGCUCGACGCCAACUUCCUCAAGGUGGUUUCCUCGGCCAUAGUGGAUAAGUACAUAGGAGAGUCGGCUCGACUUAUCAGGGAAAUGUUCAACUACGCGAGGGACCACCAACCCUGCAUCAUAUUUAUGGACGAGAUCGAUGCUAUUGGUGGCAGGCGUUUCUCGGAGGGCACAAGCGCCGAUCGUGAGAUCCAAAGGACACUCAUGGAGCUUCUCAACCAAAUGGACGGGUUCGAUUCCCUGGGACAGGUGAAGAUCAUCAUGGCCACGAACAGACCUGAUACCCUGGACCCUGCCCUGUUGAGGCCCGGACGCCUGGAUAGGAAGAUUGAAAUUCCUCUGCCGAAUGAACAAGCCAGGCUGGAGAUCCUGAAGAUCCACGCGGCCCCGAUCGCGAAGCACGGAGAGAUGGACUACGAGGCGGUGGUGAAGCUGUCGGACACCUUCAACGGCGCCGACCUCCGCAACGUGUGCACUGAGGCGGGGCUCUUCGCUAUACGCGCCGAGAGGGAAUAUAUCAUACAGGAGGAUCUGAUGAAAGCAGUAAGAAAAGUUGCAGACAACAAGAAGUUGGAGAGCAAAUUGGAUUAUAAGCCUGUUUAAUAUUAAUUCGUUUAUUUUAAUAACUAUAUAUUUUCUUUUUAUUAAUAUUGAUGAUGAUACUUAUAUAGGAAUGUAAACUGUGUACUGAUGUGUGAAGUCGAAGACAAUACAAGGAUUCAGAAACA